AUGCAAUGUCUGAGUUCAGUUUCUUAUUCUAUCCUAGUCAAUGCAGCUCCUACUCCUCCUAUUCCUGCUAAGAAAGGGUUGAGGCAAGGGGAUCCUAUAUCCCCCUAUCUGUUUGCAAUAGGAAUGGAGUACUUAUCAAGAUGCCUGGGUAGUGUUGCAGGUGAUAAGCAAUUUAAGUACCAUCCAAGAUGCAAGAAGCUGAAUAUAACACAUAUGAUGUUUGCUGAUGAUCUUCUGAUGUUUGCAAGAGCUGAUAUGCCUUCUGUAACUGCUUUGUUUGGGGCUUUCACUAAAUUCUCUCUUGCUUCUGGUCUGCUGGCUAAUUUUCAUAAAAGUGAGGUGUAUACUGCUGGUGUUUCUGAUAGUUUAUCUGAUCAGAUUGCUGAGCAAAUUGGCAUUCCAAAGGGUUCCUUUCCCUUCAAGUAUUUUGGUGUUCCCUUAACAACCAGGAAACUUAAGUUUGCAGACUGCAAACCUCUCAUUGAAAAGAUUGUUGCUCGAGUGAGAAGCUGGUCUGCAAAAUUUUAUGUACUGGAGUCAGAUUUUUGUAAUGCCAAAGAAAGUAAUGAAGGAAAUCCAAAGGAUAUGUAG